AUGCCCUUCAAGGAGUUCAGCUUCGGUCGCCUCGACGAUGAGGACGGUGCGAAGGGCCUCCCGCUGGGGCCCGGCGAGAUGCAGGAGGAGAUGGCGCCCUGCACUGGUCCCGUGAAUGGGAUGUGCCAGAUGUACCCGAACGAGAGGAUGCUCGCGCCGACGACGGUCGGACUGAUCUACGUGAAUCCUGGGGGCCCGACGGGAAACCCAGACCCCGUGAAGAGCGUCGACGAGAUCUGGGUGGUCUUUGGCAAGAUGGGCCACAACGACAAGGCCACGGCCGCCCUGAUCGGCGGCGGCCACGCCUUCGGCAGGUGCCACGGGGCAUGCUCGAAGUUCGAGCACGGGGAGCCGGCUGGACUGCCGCCCGUAACACGACUUUCGCGGAGGGCACUUGCCCUUCCGUGGGCGAGUGCCCCAACCUCGACGGCGAGGACGCGGGCAUGGGAAACGCCACGUGGACCAGCGGGUUCGACGGCCCUUAAACGAGCACGCCAACGCGGUGGUCCAACGAGUACUUCUCGGAUCUCUUGA